GAGCUAGCAAACCAGUCCAUCAUUUAUAUGUGUGGCUGCUACGCUAAGCGUGCUAACUCCUCAGUGAUGUGUUUGUCCUUACUAAGUAAUUCAUACAGAAAAUAAGUAAUAGUGUUUCUAUGUUCGAGAGGUCUUGCUAUUUGUACCAGACUUGGAAAAAUCUUGUUUGCGUAACCGACAUGAUGCGACACGUUACUGAAUCCUAAAGAAACGGUACACAGAGGGCGUGUUCGCCUAAGAUUAGGCUGUGUUAAGAAGAAGUGUGUUGAUGUGAUGCUAGAGGAUAAGGCUGUGGUGCACCGGGCCUCUGAUGGCUGUUAGCACCAUGGACUCCGAGUCAGCGCGGACACCUCAGACCCAAGCCCUGACAAAAGGAGGCCAUUCCCUGUUGUCUGCUGGCAUUCUGACCACCAGGUUUGGACCUCAAGGGAAGCACUAUGUUUGCGGUUCCCUUGCAGCUUUUACCAAUAUAUUGUUGACCUUUCCGAUCCAGAAAGUCCUCUUCCGCCAGCAGCUGCAUGGCGUGUUGGCCAUCGAUGCGGUGCGACAGCUCCAGAGGGAUGGACUGAGGAAUCUUUAUCGGGGCUUACUUCCCCCACUUCUCCAAAAGAGCACUACAGUAGCCAUCAUGUUUGGCUUGUAUGAGGACUUCUCUAGAGUCUUACUAGACCAGGCUGGGAGCAGUGGCGUGCCAGAGCUGAUUACAAGAAGCUUUGCUGCAGCUUUGGCAGGAACUGCAGAGGCCAUCCUUACACCGUUUGAGCGUGUGCAGACUCUCCUACAAGACCACCGGCACCACGGGCGCUUCAACAACACAGCACACACCUUCCGGACACUUGUGACAGAGUAUGGUGUGAGAGAGUGCUACCGUGGCCUCGUGCCCAUACUACUGCGCAAUGGCCCUAGCAAUGUUCUCUUCUUUGGGCUCAGGGGACCCAUUAAAGAGCAGCUCCCAGAAGCUACUAGCAAGGCAGGUAACUUGGUUAAUGAUUUUGUUUGCGGAGGGUUGCUGGGGGCAGGCCUUGGCAUCAUGUUCUACCCGUUAAAUGUAGUCAAAUCGCGGGCUCAGUCUCAGGUGGGUGGAGCCUUCAAUCCUUGCAGAGAGGUGCUGUUAACAGUGUGGAGAGAGAGGGGUGGCAGUAUAGCCAUGCUGUUCAGAGGAGCUCACCUCAACUACCAUCGCUCUCUUCUCUCCUGGGGGAUCAUCAAUGCCACCUAUGAGCUGCUGCUGAAGCUCUUAUGAGAAGAGGAAUGGAGAGGACAAAUGAGAUCUAGAGUGGAAGAGAAAGUGUUUUAAGGGAGGGGUGUUGAGCGGAGGAACAGAGCCAGUCUAAAGUGACAAAUGAGAAGUUGUAAAGUAAAGUCGGUGCACUUGCUGUCCAACAUUUCCAGAACUAAAAGAUAACAGCCAAGUUGUACUUCUGACUGGGGCCAACAGUCACUGUAAGAUAACUGCCUGCUAUUGUUACUUUCUGCUGUUGUCAAAUUGUUAAAAGCAGGCAAAACUUGUGCCAGGGUCCAGUUAAUAUGCCCGUGUUUGGUCUGUGUUGUAAAGUUUGAGGACGCAAACAAAACUCCAUCAAUCUUUUUCAAAGAUUUAAAAGGAAACUUUAAAACUUGAGUGAUUUCCUGUUUUGUGGGAGAAUCCCUCUCUGUGGACAUGCUGUUUGCUGUGACGUUUGUUUGACCAAGAGCGCCGCCUCCUGUGAAGAUAAGUUCUGCCACUUAAACAGCUUUGUGCUUUUUCCCCAUGUUUAGAGCAUUGUUCUUGUGCUCACCAGUUCAGAUUGAAGUAAGACAUAAGAAGGCAAAUGUUUAAGUGACUGUUGAAAUCAGUAUUAGCAGUGCACAAAGUCUAGGAAUUUUCAACAAAAGGAAAAAAGAAAUAAGAAGUUUUUUUUCCCCCUUUUUUCUAUUUUUUACAACAAAAAGGUCUCAGUUUUUCACACGUGAGUCAGUUAAUUGACAUUUUUGUUAAAUAAUGUUUUGUCUUGAUUUAUUUUCUGAAGUGCUAUUGCCAGUGUGUGGGUUUUUUUUUUUUUUUCCUUUUUUUGGUUUUGUGGUUUUGUUUUUGUUUAUUUUGUUUUUUUUGUGUGUGUGUGUUUUGAUAAGUGCCCUGUGGUGUACUCUCUUGUCAGUUUUUGUAAUUGAAAUACAGGGAGGAAAAAAAACAGUCUUGAUGUGUAAGAUGACAAAUAGGAGAAGAAGACCUGUGGUUGAGUCCUGCAUCACUAGUGCUCUUUUAUUGGCUAUGAGACAAAUGUUCCUCACUGGUUGUUUCUUUUUUUUUAAAACUUACUGCCAUUUAUUUUAUUUAUGUAUCUCUCCCCCUUUUGCUCUCACUUUAAUAUCUUCUCUUGUCACGCUUGCUCUCCCCUCUGUCUGUAACAUCUGUUGACAUAAUGGGCUCAGAUUUCAAGCUUGAGUAGCUGCAGUCACCAUACUGCAGCUCUUGCUGAGUUCGAGAGCCCGAAGAGGAAAGGCAUGCCACUUGGACACUUGAGAGAGAGGCUUCAGAGUAGUGGCACAGAGAGAAGACGAGGACAGAGGGUAAUGUUCAGUGGCACAAAAAGCUCAAGCUGCCAUGUAAAUGGAUCACUUGGCCUAUUUCUUCAAGUCUUUUCAUUCUAAUAUCCUCUUCAAAAGUGUAUCAAAUAACGCUGUUUAUCACUUUCCUGAAGCAAAAGUUUCUGGAUCACUACAAAAUUUAAAUGUCACGUUAGUAAUUGUGCUAAAAUGUUUUAAAUCUCAGUUAAAACCUGAAUAAAUACAGAA